AUGCCAGAUACAGAAAAAGGAAACCAGACAGCCAUCAGAGAAUUCAUCCUUCUGGGUUUGGAGACUAUUCCUGAGCUUCAGCUUCUUCUUUUCUGGUUCUUCUUGGUGAUUUAUCUGAUGACAAUAACUGGAAACCUUCUAAUCCUUCAACUAGUUGUGGCAAAUCAGCAUCUUCAUACCCCAAUGUAUUUUUUCUUGGCAAAUUUAUCUUGGUUGGAUGCUUGCUAUAGCUCUACCAUCUUGCCCAAACUGUUGGCCAAUUUGUUGACUGGUGAUAGAACUAUUACUGUACAUGGAUGCCUGGCCCAAUGUCAUUUCUUUGGGCUUUGUGCAGCUAUAGAAACUUAUCUUUUGGCUGCCAUGUCUUAUGACCGCUAUUUGGCAAUUUGUAGACCUUUGCUCUAUGCUUCUAUUAUGAAUACAAAAUUCUGUUUUCAGAUUAUAGCUGGGACAUGGAUAAAUAGUUUGAUAUUUAAUGUCAUUUUGGUAGCUCUCAUGGAUCCUUUACCCUUCUGUGGCUCUAAUGUCAUAGACCAUUAUUUCUGUGACUUCCUUCCACUAGAGAAAUUGUCUUGUAGUGACAGAAAUCUUCUUGAACCCAUUGCUUUCUUCAUGACAGUUAUUUUCACAAUUGCCCCAUUUCUAUUGACCCUCAUCUCUUAUAUCUGCAUCAUUGGUACCAUCAUCAAAAUCAAAUCCAACACUGGAAGGCAAAAAGCCUUUUCAACCUGUUCUUCCCAUCUCAUGGUAGUUUUCCUGUAUUAUGGCACAUUAAUCAUUGUCUAUGUGUUGCCAGACACACCCACUCUGAGACAUCUCAAUAAAACCUUCUCCAUUUUCUAUACAGUGAUGACACCUUUGGUCAAUCCCCUUAUCUACUCUUUAAGAAACAAAGACGUUCAUAAAGCCCUAAGACAACUUUACAGCAAAGUGAUGGCUUUGAGCUAA